AAAAAAAAAAUCUCUCUCCUUGAUCUACCUCUGCAUCUACAUUCAUGAAUUUCAUGCCUCUGUCCCUAUCUUUUGUAUGGCAGCCUCUGUUUUGUUCAUCUUCUUCAUUGUCAUCCUUUGCCUUGUAGAUUCCUCACGUGCAGAACCUCGAACAGAGCUAAUGGCACGCUCAUGCAGGCAAACUCACGUGCUUAAUCCAACCAAUUAUGAGGACAACUACUACAGGAUGGUGGCGGAUAUGGAAGAAGAUAUGGCACGCAACCUGUUUGCUUUUAGGGAGAAGGGUGAGCGGCCUGACCGCCUCUACGUGUUUUCUCAAUGCAUGGGGGAUCUUUCUAGCGAUGAUUGUAGACAGUGCUUCAACGCCAUCACAGAUGUCUUGCCUGGUUGUUUUCCGGCAACUGGAGGUCGUGUUUUUUUCGAUGGAUGCUUUAUAAGGGCUGAGAAUUACAGCUUCUUCCGAGACGCCAUUGAACCUGAUGAUUUAAGGAGAUGCAGUGCUAGUGUUGAUGACAGGCCACUAUUCGGUGCCACAGCAAGGAAAGUGGUUAAUGACUUGGCAAGAAUGGCUCCCGAAAAUAAUGGAUUUGCAGUGGCAUACCAAAGAUCACCCCCUGAUUUUUUUGUUUUUGCAAUGGCUAAUUGCUGGAAGACUAUAGGCCCUGAUUUGUGUUCUGCAUGCCUGGCAAAUGCUGCCCAAGGUUGCUCUUCAUGCCUGCCUUCUACUGAGGCUCGCGUCUUCAAUUCCGGCUGUGUUCUUCGUUACUCUGAUUAUGAUUUUGGAAACAAACCUGAUUACGACCAUAAAUCAAGUCUUUCCAGAGAAUCUAUCUUAAGGUACACCUCCUAUGUUGUUGGUGGACUUGCUGUCAGCGCAUUGAUGAUUAUAAUCGGAUUCUACGUGGGUAAAACUGCUUACAGAAGGAUAAAUCGCCAGAGCCAAUCAAAUAUUGGAACGGAGAUUGAUUUAUCAGUGCUAAAGAGGAGCAUAAGCUUCUUGCAGUUCAGCUACUCAACACUUGAGAAAGCAACCAACAGUUUCAAUGAAGCCUUCAAGCUUGGUCAAGGUGGUUAUGGCGAAGUGUUUAAGGGAACCUUGGCUGAUGGAAGAGAAAUUGCUAUAAAACGUUUAUUUGCAAGUGGAAAGGGUCGAGCUGCAGAGGUCUGCAAUGAAAUGGAUAUAAUAAGUAAGGCCCAACAUAGAAACUUGGUUCGCUUCCUCGGUUGCUGUUUCACAGAAACAGACAGCUUCAUUGUCUAUGAAUAUCUUGUAAACAGAAGCCUAGACAUUAUUUUAUUUGAUCCAGAGAAGAAGAAAGAAUUAGAUUGGAAAAAGAGGCUAGGAAUUAUCAAAGGAACAGCCGUAGGUUUGAAGUACCUCCAUAAAGACUCUCAAAUGAGAAUAGUCCACAGAGACAUCAAAGCAAGUAACAUUUUAUUAGACAUGAAAUACAGACCAAAGAUUGCAGAUUUUGGCCUGGCAAGGUUCUAUUCGUGUGACAAAAGCCUUGUUAGCACUGCCAUUGCGGGGACACUAGGAUACAUGGCUCCUGAAUACCUUGCCUAUGGACGACUAACUGAUAAAGUUGAUGUGUACAGCUUUGGGGUUGUUAUGCUCGAGAUUGUAAGUGGGAUGAGAAACAACAAAUUUAAGUCACCCGGAUCAUCUUUUGAAACUCUUGUCAAUCAUGCUUGGAAUCACUUUCAAACAAAUUCAGUGUCAGAAAUUGUGGAUAAAUCAAUAGAGAUUGAAGAUAUUGAAGAAGCAAUAAGAAUUGUUCAGAUAGGUCUUUUGUGUACCCAAGUAUCACCCUCUAAACGUCCAGACAUGACAGUGGUAAAUCAAAUGCUUAAUGAUAAAAACAUAGAAUUGCCAGCGCCGUUGAGGCCUCCUUUCGCCGAUGAACAUAUGGAAUUGUAUUCUUUAUUAGGUUCUGGUCGUAGGCAAUUUUCAAGUACGUUUGAUACAUGUAAAUCCCACCAUGAAAUUUUUGAACAUGACCCUGUUUAAUUUAUGUUCAUUAGACAGGAUUUUUUUUUUUUUUUUUUGUGUUUGAUGAGUAAAUAGAUUUUGGGUUUUCUUUUCUUUUGCUUAGGUUUCACGUAG